AUGCCCGCGAAUCCGGAUAAGCGCACAACCGUGCUUGAUCUUACACGACUAGAAUCUCAACUAUCAUUUCCACCGGAACCAGCUCCGCCAGCACGUUCUGAUGAUUCUCGUCAACCGCUGCGUGGCCCCCAGGCGAGGGAUAACAACAAGAGAAAAGCGCCUCCAGCACAAGUAUAUUCUAAGAAGUUUCUGAAAGGCACCCCCAAAGACCUUGUCCUCCCCCAGAUCGUUGAGUAUGAGCUGCGGCCUCCCAUCGUCAGGGAAGAGUCUCCGUGGGAGACGUUUCACAAUGAAUUCACCUGCGAGCUUGCUGGCACGGUUACCAUAGCCGUUCACCGCACCCGCCCUUCCAGAGUUGUACCCAUUCGUGCAUACGCCACGAAAGAUGCGGAGAAAAUGCUGGAGAGGUUCGGGAAAAUCCAACAUAAAAACGUCAUCUCCGUUAUAGAGUGCUAUAAGCACAAAGAUACCCUGUAUGCCGUGGUUGACGACCUUCCUCUCACUCUUGUGCAACUAGUUGCAUGCCGCGCUUACCCCAGUGAGAGCCAGUUGGCUUCUAUUGUUGCACAAGUUCUCGACGGCCUAUCUUACUUGGCCGCAUCCGGCUUCGAGCAUGAAUCUAUGACUUGCUCUAAUAUCUUACUUGGCCUGGAUGGGCUCGUCAAAAUUGGUUCCCUGGAGUUCUGCGUGAAGAUCCCGCCGAAUAGACCUCAAACGCGAUCCAUAAAGGCGUUGUCUAUCAUCACAAUGGAGCUCAUGCAGAAAUAUGAAAAGGAAGAUGGUUUGAUCGGGGUGGAUGACCUGGACCGCUGGCCAAUCGACUCAUCCGCCGUCGAUUUCCUCAUAGCCACCUCGUCAGCUUCGUCCAUCGAUGAAUUGAAACAGGUUAGUCCAACUUCUCUAUUUCUAUAUUCUACUUCAGACAGCGUCUCACCGUUAUCCAGCACCCACUCAUAA